CUCAUCUUAUAUAUGUAUCUCGUUGCCUUUGUUGUGCACUUCGCCAGUUGUGCACUCUGUUGGCGAAAACUGGUUCUUCUGCGAGCAGACCGGCAUCUUGGCAAGUCAAUGUUGUGGCUUUCCAUAUUCGGGUGUCAUUAUUAUGCCUCCCUGAUUUACGCCUGCAUAAUCCAAUCAAUACCCUAUCAAUCGGCAUGCAGAUGGAAACCUGUUUCGCGAUUCUCAAGCUCAACAUCCACUUCCAUAUCCUGGGCUGCGCAACAAAUGAUUGUAUCGGUUCAAUGA